AUGUCUGACGCCGCCACCUACUCGGUCCCUUUCUGGAUCAACGGCGAGGAGUACCACGCCGAGAAGCAAUACGAUGUCAUCUCGCCCGUCACCGGCAAGGCCAUCCACCGGUCCGGCGCCGCCUCGGAUGCCGACGUGAAGAAGGCCGUCGAGGCCGCCGACAAGGCUUUCAAGACGUGGAAGAAGACACUCCCCAAGGAGCGCCGGGAUGUCUUCUUGAAGGCUGCUGAGAUCUUUGAGAGGAGGAAGGAGGAGCUCGGGGACUACAUGAUGCAGGAGACUGGUGCCCCUCGCCAGUGGGCCGACUUCAACUUGGACGUCGCGAAGGACUUCUGCCUUGACAUUGGCGGCCGGAUCCGCACUCUCGAGGGCACCAUUCCCACCACUGCCGAUCCUGAGACCGGCGCCAUGAUCGUCAGGGAACCCUUUGGUGUCAUUCUCGCCAUUGCCCCAUGGAACGCCCCCUACAUCCUCGGCAUCCGCUCCAUCCUCUUCCCCAUCGCCGCCGGCAACACGGCCAUCCUCAAGGGCAGCGAAGCCUGCCCCCGCACCAUGUGGGGCCUCUGCUCCGUCUUUCACGAGGCCGGCCUCCCCGCCGGCGUCCUCAACAUGCUCGUCCACUCCCCCCAGGACGCCCCCCGCAUCACGGCCAACCUCAUCGCCGAGCCGGCCGUCAAGAAGAUCAACUUCACCGGCUCCACCGGCGUCGGCCGCAUCAUCGGCCGUCUGGCGGGCGAGAACCUCAAGCCCGUCCUCCUCGAGCUCGGCGGCAAGGCCCCCGCCAUCGUCUGGGAGGACGCCGACCUCGACAACGCCGCCUUCCAGUGCGCCCUCGGCGCCUUCCUCAACAGCGGCCAGAUCUGCAUGUCUACCGAGCGCAUCCUGGUUCACAAGAACGUCAGGGCCGAAUUCGAGAAGAGGUUUGUCGGCGCCAUUGACCAGAUUUUCGGGUCUGCUCCCGACGCGCCUAUCUUGAUCAACAGCGCGGCUGUGACCAAGAACAAGGCUCUCAUCAAGGAUGCGCUGGCCAAGGGCGGCGAGUUGCUGUACGGCAACCCUGACGCUGUGGAGAAGAGCGACACGAGGAUGAAGCCGGUUGUGAUCACCAAUGCGAACAGGGAGAUGGAGAUCUACCAGACGGAGAGCUUUGGGCCGUCGGUGGCGUUGUAUGAGAUUGAGACGGAGGAGGAGGCGCUGGAGGUUGCGAACGACACCGAGUAUGGUCUCACGUCGGCGGUCUUCACGGAGGAUCUGAGGAGGGGGUUGAGGUUUGCCAAGGAGAUCGAGACGGGGGCGGUGCACAUCAAUAGCAUGACGGUGCAUGACGAGAGUGCGCUGCCGCACGGUGGCGCGAAGGCGAGCGGGUAUGGGAGGUUCAAUACUGCCACGGGGAUGGCGGAGUGGGUGAGGACCAAGACUAUCACUUACAAGUUUUAG